GCCACAAUCCCAUCCGGCUUACAUUGCCGCCUGACCACGACGGUCUCUUCUCAGUUCGAUAUUCAUCUAGGUAUUGGUGCCCGUUACUGCUAGAUGCUCCAUCGGUGGCUCUCCCUGCGUCGUUGUUGCGCUCGCGCACAUGCUUGUCGAGAGCGUUGUGCUGUGUCAUGCACGAAACUACCUUGCCCACCCGCUUACGCCCAAUCUGCAAAAUGUCCGAUCGUUCAUCAAUCUGCUGUCGUAUCUUUCUAACUUAAACCCCAAAGAAACCGGUUUCAACUUUCAACCCAAGGGAUGAUCCCCCGUUGGAUCAGCGUGCCAUCCGUCAUCCCCGGCUUGUCUCCUCGCAGGCUCAGAGGUCAUGAGAGUGAAACGUCAAAGGCUCCCGCGCCAUCAUCAUUAUGUACGAAUACCUACUUCGUACAGCAAACUCACGUCAACUCAACUCGGGCUGCGAGACGAAGCAGACUCUCUAUGGCCGAACCCAGAGCCCAUGGGGGGAUCCUCCAUGCAGUCGGGUCGAACAGGCGUGUCGCAUGCGACAGGCCCUUGGUCGCCGCCUUAUCGCGUGGCACCCUCUGGGCGGUGCCGCGGUGGGCGUGGCAGCACUUGCAGGCUGCAGCUUUCUCUCAAGAAAUAUUCCGCGAUCCCCAGUAUCCGUACGCGAUUUCGACCAUGGCCCAGCUUCUUUACCCGUUGGCGUUAAGUUAUGCCACGGCCCCUAUUGCGAGCCAUGCUCCUCGCUGGCGCAGCUGCUUCCCGUUUUACCCCUCAUCUCUCGCCCUGGUAUCCCUUCCCUUCUUUUUCUCGACCCCUUCCAAGUGACAAUGACAUGAAUGCUCGAACCCGGAGGUGCGGACGAAAUUCAUGUGAAGGGCAAGCCAACCUGGUCAUGGAAAAUCCGGGAACCCACAACUGUCAGCAAACGAACACUGAACAGUGGGAAAUGUGGGAAGUGUGGGAACUAGUAUGGACUGG